AGUGAUCAACUUCCUUGGCAACGCUUGUCGAGAGCUCGCCACAUUUUCUUCAGUCAAUUUAUAGAUUUACUCCUGUUUUGUGGCAAAGUAUAAUACUUUCCCAAGUGUGACAGACAAAAGACGUGUUUCAUUUGUACACAGCAGUGUUGUGCGUUUCCUGUUGACACAAGUGAUUACGUUGGGGAUUGAUUGAUUGAAUGUGACUUGCAAACACCGCAAAGGAGGACCACCUGCCGGUAAAUAGUUUGACACAAAAGCUGAAAUCUCACCUUGGAAUGGCGAGUGGUAGAUGAACAAUCGAUGAUAAGAUCAUGGCUUUAACGCUCGUGAGUUUGAAGUGGAUUGCGAAUAAGGAAUUUACAGGGCGUCCUCCAUCACCACGGCAAGGACAUGCUAUUGUUGUUGUUGAUAAUGCAGCCUACAUUUUUGGAGGAACUCGCUGCGUAGAGGAGCCAGAAAGGGGUACAUUUUACUUCAGGGAUUUGCACAAGCUUUAUUUGGGAAAAACCUUAAGAUGGGAGAAGAUUCGAUACACAGGAGAGGUGCCAAUGGGCCGCCACGACCAUGCUUUAUGUGCCAUCAAUAACAAACUAUACGUCUUUGGAGGUAGAAAUGAACUAAACGCGGACAAGAGUUUACCAGGAUUAUAUUCCUACAACCCAGAAAACUGCAUCUGGAGGUUUGUACAGACGCAUGGGGAUGAGCCAAGGUCGUUGAACUCCGGUUGGGUCGUGGUCAACAACAAAAUCUACGUGAUUGGUGGAAUUUACAAAGGAACAGCGCAUUGUGAUGUUGAUAUGUUAGACACAGACACUCUCACUUGGACUAAACUGUCAGUAACUGGUCCGUCACCCUCACCAAGAUGCGAUCACAAACUGGUGUGUGUUGGAAACAGAAUCUAUCUCUUUGGUGGGUCGGGCGGCCAAGACAGAUGGUUCAACGACCUACACGUUCUGGACACAGAUACACUGAAAUGGUCCUCCCCUCCAACACGGGGAGAGAAACCCCCUCCCAGGGGGUGCCACAGUCUGACACUUCAUGCAAAUAAGGAUAUAUACGUGUUUGGUGGCUCCAACGACAGUCUAAAAGGAAAGUCCACAUUAGGGGAUCUCCACAAACUCAGCCUUGCCAAAAUGAAAUGGAAAAGACCGUUUUAUUCGGGAAGUCCAGCAUCAAGACGCUUUGGUCAUGUGGCAUCUACCUUCCUUAACUAUCUGUAUGUUUUCGGAGGUACAAAUGAAGAUAUGGAUUACAAUGAUGUCAAAGUGGCCAAGUUAAUCAAUCCGUCCAACCGCAAACCAUUGAAAGUGUCCCCAGAGCUGCUGCACACAGUACUGUAUUGCAGCCCAGAGGACAACGACGAAGGUACACCUGCCACUGUGUUUCCAUGCUCACCCACAGAUGACAACAGAGAUCAAAGGAGCUCAUCUGAAGCCUCAUCAUCUUCUUCCAACUCAGACUCAGGCAGUGAUGAAGACUGACCCCCUAGAACUGCCAAUAAAUGUUUACAAAACAAAACACAAGUUUUCUUAGAAUAACACUUCAUCGAAAGUCUUCAGCAAAGA